AUGUCCUCCGGCCAGGACCUCGACGCCCAGGUCAUCGCUUGCUUACAGGCCACUCUCGACCCCAACGAGAACACUCGUCGAGCUGCCGAGGAUCAGCUCACCACCCUCUACCAACACCUAGAGGGUGGACUGAGCUUGGCCCGUAUCCUCGCCGACUACAAUGUGGCUCUUCCACAGCGCCAGUCGGCCGGUAUCCUCCUCCAAAAGUACAUCGACAGACACUGGAGCGCCAUGAGUGAUGCCUUUGACCCACCCGCGACCCCGACCGAGGUCAAAGACUUGAUCCGGCCCAUGCUCUUACGCGCCCUCUCGGACCGUGAGCGCAAGGUGCGCACCGCGGCUGCCUUUGCAUGCUCGACAGUUGCGAGAUUUGACUGGCCUGAUGACUGGCCAUCCCUCCUCUCCGAGCUCACGAGCAUGUUACAGACGGGCUCGCCUGACGCCGUGCACGGCGCGAUGCGCGUUGUCACCGAGUUUGUAAAGAACGAGCUGAGCGAGGACCAGCUCGUCCCCGUCGUUCGCGACCUUGUUCCAGCCCUCCUCGCCGUGUUGGGCAGCCCUGGCGCACACUCGUUCCUCACGCGCGCCGAUACCGUCGCCGUGUACAGGCACAUUGUGACGCUCCUCGAGAUGCUCAAGGACGAGCACCCGAAAGCGGUGCGUCAGGCGCUGGACGGCAUGGCACCCGUGUGGUUUGACGCGUUCACCCAGCUGCUGAGCGUCGACGCCGCUGUCGACUUGCAGGCUAGCUGGGAGAGUCUUGCGCUGCGCAUCCGCAUCUUCCGCGUGCUGCUCCAGUUCCAGACCAAAUUCCCUCGCUAUAUCGCCUCGCACAUCCCCACCUUCCUCCGUCUCGCCAUCCUCAACCUCACAUCGCUCCUCCCAGCAUUCAACCGCUACUACAUCAGCUCUGACCCAGAGAGUCCCGACCCGCCCCUUCCCGAGGAUAGUUUCCAGGUCAAGAUGGACCUCGACGACCUCGCUUCCUCCAUCUUCGAGUAUCUCGAGCCUACCGUGCGCUCCAAGGAGGCCAAGGACAUCCUCUUGAAUGCGGCUGAGGACCGGGGAACCGCUGUCAUGGAGACGAUUGUCGGGCUCGUACUCACCUACACACAGGUCACGCGGCAACAGGAGGAGGAGUGGCUCGAGGACGCGAACGCAUUCGUCGAGGACGAGGACGAGGACAACUUUGAGUACUCACUGCGCAUCGUAGGGCACGACCUGAUGGGCUCGAUGAUCGACAAGUGGCCGCGACCCGUUGGCUUCGUGGUGAACGAGAUCGCCAAGCGCCGCGUGCAGGAGAGCGCGGCUGCGCACGCUUCCGGUAACGCCGACUGGUGGAAGCCACUCGAGACCAUGCUCGGCCUCCUUGGUGGCAUUGCCGAUGACCUCACCAACCUCCUCGAGGAGGACCGGGACGAGGGCCGCCAGCCAACCCUCGACCUGGCUUACUUCUUCGACCAGGUCAUUCCCAGCCUCCUCGUCCAGACCGACGCGCCUUUCCUGCAGGGUCGCGCCUUUGUGUUUGCAUCCCAGUUCGCGAGCCAGCUCUCGGGCAAUGUAGCCCAGCAUUACCUCAACGCAACGGUCGAGGCGCUCAGCUCAGACAACAUUGCCAUUCCCGUCAAGAUCUCGGCCGUCAAGACCAUUCGCAACUUCUGCCGCCACGUCGAUGCCGCCAUCAUGGCCCCGCAGGCGCCCAAGGUGCUGUCUUUACUGUUACCAGUGCUCUGGGGCAUGACCCACGAGACUCUCUACCUCGUGCUGGAGACAAUCCACUCGGUCGUGUCGCUCGACAAGUCGUCGCUCACAGCCGAGAGCACAACCGCAAUCUGCGAGCAUGUCUACGAUGAGUGGCUGAAGAACACUACUGACCCCAUCUUCACCGCCAUCACGGAGGAGCUCGUCGAGUCGAUCGCGACGUCGCCGAGCGCCGCGGCCGUGUCGACGCUCGUACACUUCCUCUCGCCGCGUCUCGCGACGCUCAUCACUCAGCCAGUCGACGAGGAUACGUUACACAUUCCCGGCGAGGCGAUCCAGCUCGCUAACGCGAUUGUCAAGCCUCGCGCUGGCCCGCUCGAGCCCGAGUACAUCGGGACGGUCACAGUCGCCGUGAUGAAGGUCCUUGAGCAAACCGACGACAUGGAGGUAAUCCAGCGCGGCAUGCUGCACCUCACGUACAUUGUCCGCAAGGACUGUAACAAGCUCAUCCAGUGGCAUGCACCAGACGGGACGAACGGCAUCGCUCGCAUCUUCGGGCUUCUGGGCCGCUUCUUAGCCCCAACGUUCUCCGAGUCGGGUGGCCUCUUCGUCGGCGACCUCGUCAUGCACCUUUUCCGCAAGGCGGGCUCGGCGAUCGCCCCCGUCCUAGGCGACUUGCUAAACGCCAUGGCUUCGCGGCUUGGCACCGCGCAGACGGACAGCUUUGUCAGUUCCAUGGUCAUCCCCUUCGCCUAUCUUUUCGGCACCGAGUACACUGAGCAGGUGCUACAGCUGCUCCAGUCGUUCCAGCCCGUCAAUGUCAGCCCGGGCGAGACGGUGCCAGCGCUCGACCUCGUCCUGCAAAAGUGGUGCGAUGUCGCCGACACGAUCACCGGCUCGUGGAACAUCCGCGUCAACGACCUGGGCCUGUGUAAGCUGUUCACUAUGGGCUCGUCGGCCGUGUCGCGCGUGGUCGUCAAGGGCGACCUGCUGAUAACGGAUGCGAACCGUAACCGCAUAAUGACGCGCUCGCGCACGAGAGCCGAGCCAAACACGUACUCGCAGGUUACGUUCCCGGUCAAGGCGCUCAAGCUGCUGCUCAAGGACGUGCAGGCCGAGGGCAAGGGCAAGAGCAAGUCCACGGGGCUCGACGUGCCCGAGGACGAUGGCGACGAGGAGUGGGACGAUGAUGACCUCCUCGCGGGCCCUGAACCUGAUGACGAGUUUGCGCUGCUCAGUGACUGGCUCGACGCUGGACCCAACGCCAGCGACGCGCAGGACGACGACGAGGACCUCAAGGCGGACCCGCUGGCCCAGAUUGACAUGGGCGCGCACAUUACCGACACGCUGCGCCAGUGCUACACUUCCAACGCCAACGGGAUGCACGAGAUGGUCGACGCGCUGUCCUCGGAGGAGAAGGGCGUUCUGCAGAGUGUGUUGACGCUGUAG